AUGAUAGCAUCGAUUUCUUCGAAAUUUUCAGAAAAUAAUUCAACCGAUGUUUCGGACUCAUCCGUAAAAAUGCAACAAAAUCGGCAGUCUCCAAAGCAAUCACGAACACACCCCGAAACUUCGUCUGAUUCCAGUUCUCAGCAAAGUGUGAGGAGGUCUCGGAGAACAUCGUUGCUUGGAAAACAGGCAAAUUAUACGGAAACGACUAGUUCCUCAUCUUCAGAAACAGAAGUCAAAUUAGGUGUGAGAAGACGGCGAUUAAGUUCACACAAAUCUGAAGGGGAUUCUAUCUCAUCUUCAAAUUCUGAUUUGGAAUCUCGACCAAUAAUUAAAAGAGCUCGUUCAACUCGAGACUCUCAAUCUCCAAAAAAGUCAAGUAGUUCUUCACUUUCUGAAAUUUCGGAAAAUUAUUUAUCUUCUGCUAUGGACACAGAAAGUGAAACGCAAGAACCACCGUCACCUCCCGAAACACCAAGUUUGCCGCUUCAAAAACGCCGUUCAUCUCAAUCGGAAUCAUCAGACGAUUCGUCUGAAGACACAGAUAGAACUUCGGAACCUCCGUCUCCUCCAGGAACCCCAAUACCGCACGAUCCAUGUAAAAUCUGUGGUGGGUUUGAACCAUUAGGUUCACAAUAUCCGCUUCUAGUUUGCGCUGGUUGUAAAAUAUGUGUUCAUACUGGUUAG